AAUUAGAAUAAAGAAAGAAAAGAAAAUAAAAUAAAAGAAAUAAAAUAAAUAUAUUCAAUGGGCUUUGAAUAUUGGUUGUUAAGGUAAUGGGUUGUAAAAGAAAAAAAAAAAAAAAAGAUAUGAUAUGGAUUGGGCUUAGAUAUGGGCUGGUGGUAGGAAGCCUUUGUUGUUAAAAAGAAAGGAAUUGAGUUGGGCUUGGAUAUGGGCUUAAGUGGCUGCCAUGUGAAAUGGGCUGUUAAAAAAAGAAAAAGAAAAAAAAGAGAAGUGGAGAACUGGCAGCACGCACGCGGGGGCAGUGAGAGAGAGAAAGGCUACUGUGGAAUUAGGGCACUCGCCGGAUUUUUGACCGGCCGUUUGGACGGCCAAACGAUCUCCGUUUCGGCCCAAAUUCGGAGGAAGUACUCUAUUCGACUAGAGGAACAAUCCUACGAUGGCUGAUUUUGUUUUUAACGGCCAAAUUUUCAGAUCUGAGAUGCAGAUAUCUCUCUUGAGGAUCCACAGGUGGGGUAGGGAGGACUUCAGGAUGCUCCUGGAGCGGCCUAGUGGAGCGUGGCAUUUUUUUGUUAUUGUAUUUCUUUUUGGAUUUUGGGAUUUAUUUUAGUAAUUAUGACUCAUGGAUUUGUUAUGAAGCUUUAUUUGAUUAAGUUGUUAAUUGUGAACUUUGAUUUUGGACUAUAAUGAAUAUUUAUUUAAUCUUGUUGUUUUGAGUAGUUUUGGGAUAUUAUAGUUUAUGAGAAUUCUAGUGGGAUGUAUAAAAAAAAAAAAAAAAUCUAGAGUGUUUUGGUUGACUACCAACAUGGAAUAGGAGGAACCCUUAGGGUCAAACCUUUGACCUGGGGUCACGGGUCAAAUUUUAGGCCGCCCGGAAUUUGGGUCGUGACAUAUUCAUUCCGACUUGGGCAUUUAAAUACUGAACACAUCUUAUGAUGCAUUAGUUCUAUGUAUAGUAUAGCUUAUAUUCUCUGUUCUCGGUUUUGUUUACCUGAAAAUUGCAAUAUCUUAAGAUAUAUGUGGUUUCAUGGUGCUGUUAUUUUAACAUAGACUCGCAUUUAACCUAUAUGCUUGCAACUUUUUCUUGAAAAUAUUCCAACAAAAACCAGUAUGAAAUAGCAUUAAAAAGACGGAAAAUUUGGGAUGUGAUUUUUAAUCUGCUCUCUUAGAUGGAGGAGAGAAAAUGGGAGGAGUUAAACAUGGAUAUUUUAGUGAAUGUGUUUGGAAGAGUGGGAAUGGAGUCGUUGUUGUUGGAUGUUCCCUUUGUAUGCAAGCCUUGGUAUAAAGCGAGCCGCGAACCUCAGUGCUGGGAGCAUCUUAUUUUUCCUGAAUACAUCAAACCUGACGAUAUAUGGGGAAAAUACAGCCCCGACAGGGGCUUUUCAGAGAGGUUAGUGACUACAUAUCAAGAAAACUUGUCUGUCACUGCAUUCAUGAGGUUCAUAGUUAACCGUAGCUGUGGAUGUGCCACAAUCAUCAAACUCCCCAGACACUGCACCGAGGAGGCACUGGAGUAUAUUGCAAACGAGUGUCCCAGAUUAAAGGGUUUGGAUGCGGUUUUUCAUGUAGGGCUAUUUUACAUGAAAUCUGUCCUACCACAGAUCGGUCUUCACUGCAACAACUUCAUUUGGCUAUCAGCUCGACGUGCCGGCAUUAGGAAAUAUGUAGCAUCAGCCAUCGUGGCCUCACUGCCAAGACUCGAGUACUUGGAUAUACCUUACACAUUUUUUGAGAGGGAAGCUCUAGUGAUAAUAUUGCAGGGCUGCAAAAAGCUUGUUUAUUUAGACGUCAGGAAGUGCUUUGGUUUUUGUGAUGAUGAUGCGGAGAUAUUGGAGCUUGCUUCACAUAUUCCUGUAUUCAUGUGUGAAGGGUCGCGCAUUAGAUAGGAACCAUUUUUGAGCGUGAGCGCAGGCUUGACCAUGAGCUAUUCUACGAUCAAAUUAAUCACGAUGACUGUGUUUAUGAUUUAUUCGAUUAUGAUGAUUUGUUUGACGGUUUGUGAUUUCAUUUGAGGUUCAGGUGGGCUCGUUAAUAAGCUAGAGCGCUAUGAAAAACUCCCUCGUGUGCCUCUUUAUGUAAUGUAAGACAAAUUAUUAGUGACUCUGAAGAGUUAAUGCUGCUCUACCUAGACUGCAAAAUAUGCUAAUAUUGUUUGACUUUUGUGUAAUGUCUUUAUAAAUAUUGCUUUCAACUAAACAUAUAAUUAUAUUUGACUUUUGGCUUC